AUGCGGUGGGAACGCCUGCUCCCCACUUUAUUUCAUGACACAUCUGCGGCCGCGCCACCCCAGGUUCUCAUCAUCCACCUUGGAGGAAAUGACCUGGGGUUACUCAAGGGCAAGGCACUAAUAUUGCAAGCUAUUGCGGAUUUCAAGAUCAUUCGGCAGCGUGAUGUGCAGAGGACUGAGAACAAGGAAGGAGCACAUGGAUUUCCGUUGGAAGGAGCAGUGCAAGGACAAGCAAGAGCCACUUUUGAGAAUUCAGAUGAAUCCAGAUGGCGAGAAGGAAUCCAUACCGAGGAGAAACUGUAUAUAUGCUCAGGCUGUGGAAAGACCUUCAGCCAAAACGCAGGCCUUGAGCCACAACAGAUAAUCAAUGAACAUGUGACCUCAUAUAUUUGUGAAGAAUGUGGAAAGAGAGUUAGUUUCAUACCGAAUCCAGAUGAAUUCAGAAGGCGAGAAGGAAUCCAUACCGAGGAGAAACUGUAUAUAUGCUCAGUCUGUGGAAAGACCUUCAGCCAAAAUGCAGGCCUUGAGCCACAACAGAUAAUCAAUGAACAUGUGACCACAUAUAUUUGUGAAGAAUGUGGAAAGAGCUUUAGUUCCAUACCAAACCCAAGAAUGCAUCAAAGGUCCCUUACAGGAGUCGAACCCCCUGCAUCUGCAGUGCGGAGCCUUUUCUGUUCCCCCGACAACAUUGGCACCCAGGAAGUCGGUCUCCAGCUGACUACCCCCCUUCCUUCUGAAUCUUACACUCUUUGUCAAAGAGACCCCAUUCCUUCAUUCAAUUCCUUCACCUUCCCAGAGCAUUCAAACCCUCCAUUAAUUCUUACAAACCCUCCAUUUAUACCCCCGGGUUUCACACAAACCCAUGGCCAGAUCAUGCCAUUUUCUUCCCCUACACAGGGAGAGGGGCUGCCCCAUUCUCCAGGCACAGAGGUGCAUGCGAGUGAUCACACUACCAAUGAAGAAUUUCAAUAUUCAUGCAUGAUCAGAGACCCUGUCUCUGAGGGGCAGGAGAGGGAUAUAUCUGUUCCCGGCCUGAGUAGCAUCUGUCUUGAACAAGAACAAGGAACAGGAGACCGAGCCAUUGAGGAUGUUCUUUCAAGACGUCACACAGGGGAGAAACCCUAUACAUGUGGAGAAUGUGGGAAGAGCUUUGUGACAAAAUCAGAUCUUAAAGUACAUCAAAGAAUUCACACAGGGGAGAAACCCUAUCCAUGUGCAGAAUGUGGGAAGAGCUUUGUGACGAAUUCAACACUUAAAAAACAUCAAAGAAUUCACACAGGGGAGAAACCCUAUCCAUGUGCAGAAUGUGGGAAGAGCUUUGUGACGAAUUCAACACUUAAAAAACAUCAAAGAAUUCACACAAGGGAGAAACCCUAUACAUGUGGAGAAUGUGGGAAGAGCUUCAUGAGGAGUGAUGUCCUUAAAACACAUCGAAGAAAUCACACAGGGGAGAAACCCUAUAAAUGUGCAGAAUGUGGGAAGAGCUUUGGUACAUGUGGUCAACUUAAAGUACAUGAAAGUCUUCACACAAAGGAGAAACCAUAUGAAUGCCCAGAUUGUGGAAAGAGGUUCUUUUGGAAGUCGCAUCUUAAUAGACAUCGAAUUACUCAUGACAUAUAUGCCCCAAGUCUUGGAAGAGCUUCACUUGUAGAUGAAACUUUGCCUCAGUCUCUCCUAAAGCCUCCCAGUGUUCACAGCCUUCUGUAUGAAUUGUUGCAUGUCAUUCUGGAUUAUUCUGUGGCAAAACAUUCUGCGAUCCGCCAUGGAGACCCCAAACCCUACAGGCUGCAGCUUAGAGGGACGCUCAGAAGAAAGAGGGGAAGUCCCUCAGGCUCUGGAGGUGGAGUUGGGGCCGGGGCAGAGCCUCCGUCUGCGGGAGACGAGACUGAGGACUGGCUGCAGUCUGUGAAAUUGUACCAGGAAGAGGUUUUCCUAGGUGAUGUGCAGAGGACUGAGAACGAGGAAGGAGCACAUGGAUUACUGUUGGAAGGAGCAGUGCAAGGUCAAGGAAGAGCCACUUUUGAGAAUCCAGAUGAAUUCAGAAGGCGAGAAGGAAUCCAUACCGAGGAGAAACUGUAUAUAUGCUCAGGCUGUGGAAAGAGAUUCAGCACAAAUGCAGGCCUUGAGCCACAACAGAUAAUCAAUGAACAUGUGACCUCAUAUAUUUGUGAAGAAUGUGGAAAGAGCUUUAGUUCCAUACCAAACCCCAGAAUGCAUCAAAGGUCCCUUACAGGAGUCGAACCCCCUGCAUCUGCAGUGCGGAGCCUUUUCUGUUCCCCCGACAACAUUGGCACCCAGGAAGUCGGUCUCCAGCUGACUACCCCUCUUCCUUCUGAAUCAUACUCUCUUUGUCCAACAGACCGCAUUCCUUCAUUCAAUUCCUUCACCUUCCCAGAGUAUUCAAACCCUCCAUUAAUUUUUACAAUCCCUCCAUUUAUACCCCCGAGUCUUACACAAACCCAUGGCCAGGUCAUGCCAUUUUUUCCCCCUGCACAGGGAGAGGGGCUGCCCCAUUCUCCAGGCACAGAGGUGCAUGCGAGAGUUCACGCUGCCAAUGAAAAAUUUCAAUAUUCAUGCAUGAUCAGAGACCCUGUCUCUGAGGGGCAGGAGAGGGAUAUAUCUUUUUCCGGCCUGAGUAGCAGCUGUCCUGAACAAGGACAACGAACAGGAGACCGAGCCAGUGAGGCUGUUCUUUCAAGGUUGGAAAUCCAGGGAGAGGAGAAAGCCUGUAAAUGCUCAAUGUGUGGAAUGGGCUUCAGUUACAAUUCAGCACUUGAAAUACAUCAAAGACGUCACACAGGGGAGAAACCUUAUACAUGUGCAGACUGUGGGAAGAGCUUUAUUACGAAAUCAGAUCUUAAAGCACAUCAAAGAAUUCACACAGGGGAGAAAACCUAUACAUGCGCUGAAUGUGGGAAGAGCUUCAUAAGGAAUGAUGUCCUUAAAAUACAUCAAAGAAUUCACACAGGGGAGAAACCCUAUACAUGUGCAGACUGUGGGAAGAGCUUUAUUACGAAAUCAGAUCUUAAAGUACAUCAAAGAAUUCACACAAGGGAGAAACCCUAUACAUGCGCUGAAUGUGGGAAGAGCUUCAUAAGGAAUGAUGUCCUUAAAAUACAUCAAAGAAUUCACACAGCGGAGAAACCCUAUCCAUGUGGAGAAUGUAGGAAGAGCUUUGUGACAAAUGUAAAACUAAAAAUACAUCAACGAAGUCACACAGGGGAGAAACCCUAUACCUGUGCAGACUGUGGGAAGAGUUUUAUUACGAAAUCAGAUCUUAAAGUACAUCAAAGAAUUCACACAGGGGAGAAACCCUAUCCAUGUAGAGAAUGUAGGAAGAGCUUUGUGACAAAUGUAAAACUAAAAAUACAUCAACGAAGUCACACAGGGGAGAAACCCUAUACAUGUGCAGAAUGUGGGAAGAGCUUUGUGACGAAUUCAAUACUUAAAGCACAUCGAAGAAUUCACACAAGGGAGAAACCCUAUAAAUGUGCAGAAUGUGGGAAGAGCUUUGUUACAUGUGGUCAACUUAAAGUACAUGAAAGUGUUCACACAAAGGAGAAACCAUAUGAAUGCCCAGAUUGUGGAAAGAGGUUCUUUUGGAAGUCGCAUCUUAAUAGACAUCGAAUUACUCAUGACAUAAAUGCUCCCAAUCUUGGAAGUGCUUCACUUGUAGAGGAAACUUUGAAAGUUGUCAAUGAUUUGAUUUGA